AUGCCUGUUGGAACCGUUCUCGUUACCGGUGGUACCGGCUACAUUGGCUCUUUCACCUCGCUCACUCUCCUUGAGCACGGUUACGAUGUCGUUAUUGUCGAUUCCCUCUACAACUCCUCAGAGGUCGCCCUCGACCGCAUUGAGCUGAUUUGCGGUCGCCGUCCCGCCUUUUACAAGCUCGAUAUCACAGACGAGAAGGCUAUCGAUGAGGUCUUUGCCAAGCACCCUGCCAUUGACAGCGCUGUCGGCGAGUCUGGCGAAAUCCCUCUCGAGUACUACCGUGUCAAUGUCGGUGGCAGCAUCUCUCUCCUCCGUUCCAUGGAGCGCAACAACGUCAACAACAUUGUUUUCUCUUCCUCUGCUACCGUUUACGGCGAUGCUACGCGAUUCCCCAACAUGAUUCCCAUCCCCGAGCACUGCCCUAUUGGACCUACCAACACCUACGGUCGCACCAAGUCUAUGAUCGAGGACGUUAUCAGCGAUUUUGUCAAUGCUCAGCGCACCAACUUGGAAAAAGCUGGCAAGGAGUUUAAGCAAUGGAACGGUGCUCUUCUGCGAUACUUUAACCCUUGUGGUGCUCACCCCACUGGCAUCAUGGGUGAGGACCCUCAGGGUAUUCCUUUCAACCUUUUGCCCCUCCUUGGACAGGUCGCUACAGGCGAGCGUGAGAAGCUCCUUGUUUUCGGUGACGACUACGCCUCUCGCGACGGCACUGCCAUCCGAGACUACAUCCACGUUGUCGACCUUGCCCGCGGUCACUUGAUGGCCCUCAACUACCUGCGCGAGAACCAACCCGGUGUCAAGGCAUGGAACCUGGGUUCCGGACGUGGCAGCACUGUCUUUGAGAUUAUCAAGGCCUUCAGCAAGGUCGUCGGUCGCGAUCUUGCCUACGAGGUCCGUCCCCGACGACAAGGAGACGUUCUCGAUCUUACUGCCAACCCUACCCUCGCCAACAAGGAGCUCAACUGGAAGACCGAGCUCACCAUGGAGGAGGCCUGCAAUGACCUCUGGCGAUGGGUUGAGAACAACCCCAAGGGUUACCGCCAAGAUCCCCCUGCCGAGCUUCUGGAGGCUAUCAAGUCUUCCAAGGCUUAA